UUUGAAAAAAGCCCUAAAAUAAAUACAUUACGACAAAACCUAUUGGAGUAGAACAGAUAUCACAAACCGUCUUCGCUUCCGUCAAAAACCUCCACACCUUUUUUUUUACCGGGAAACACCAUAUCCUGAUUCCUGACAGCGGCAUCAGCAGCUGAACAAAGAUGUCGGGUAUGGGUGACGGGUACGUGGGUACCGCCCAAGACGCUGUUCGGAUCCGAAGACUUGAAAAACAAAGAGAAGCUGAAAGAAAAAAGAUCCAAGAACUUAAAGCCAAAAACGCUCAAGGCCAAUCGGGUCUUCUUCAAUUCGGAUCCGGUACCUCCGAAAUUCUCGAGACUGCAUUCAAGAAGGAAACUGUUGGGUUGGUUACGAGGGAACAGUAUGUUGAGAAGAGGGUUAAUAUCAGGACCAAGAUUGAAGAAGAAGAGAAAGAGAAGCUUCAAAAGCUACAACAAGAGGAGGAGGAGCUUCAAUUACAAAAACUAAAGAAGAGGAAAAUUAAGGCUAACCCAAAGCUAUCUUUUUCUGAUGACAUCGAGAAUGGAGAAGAAGAAGAUGGGGAGGAUAAAUCAAGUAAGUUUGGCCGAAGAGGGUUUGGCAAAGACCCCACAGUUGAAACUAGCUUUUUGCCAGACAGUGAGAGGGAGGCAGAAGAGCAAGCUGAGCGUGAAAGGUUGCGGAAGCAGUGGCUACGUGAGCAAGAGCAGAUUAAAAACGAGGCUCUUGAAAUUACCUACAGUUACUGGGAUGGAACAGGCCAUCGUCGAGUGAUGCAGGUUCGAAAAGGCGAUACUAUUGGGGAGUUUCUACGGGCUGUCCAGCAGCAACUUGCACCUGAAUUUCGAGAAAUAAGAACAACUUCGGUUGAAAACCUUUUAUAUGUGAAAGAAGAUCUUAUCAUUCCACAUCAACACAGUUUCUAUGAGCUGAUUGUGAACAAAGCCAGGGGAAAAAGUGGGCCGCUUUUCCACUUCGAUGUGCAUGAGGAUGUGCGGACAAUUGCAGAUGCAACCAUAGAGAAGGAUGAGUCACAUGCUGGUAAAGUUGUUGAGAGGCACUGGUAUGAGAAGAACAAGCACAUAUUUCCUGCUUCAAGAUGGGAGAUAUAUGACCCAACAAAGAAGUGGGAGAGGUACACUAUCCAUGGGGAUUGAUUAAAUCAGAACAUAAUUUCGUGUUUUCUUGGAUGUGUAACAGAGCUAAAUCAUAUGUUUUCCAAGGUUUUCUAGUGUCUGUACGUUACUUGUUCACAUUUGCUUUUGCGUUCACAUUAUCCGUAUCCAGAAGCAAUUUGCUUGCUGUCUUAUUAGUAUGCAAGAACAUAAAGCUUACAUACGAUGGAACCUAGACAUCUGUAAGCUAGUUAUUUUGGUAACUUGUUCAGUAUCAUAUGAUUUAUAGCC